CUUGCAGUAAAGUAAAACUAGUCGCGGCUGCUCUUGUUUACAUUCGACGCCGUUGCUCUGGCAAUGAGAAGCGUCCAAGAUGGCGUCGUUAUUGCAAGGCACACUUUUUGAAAUGAGCGCACAAGCUCCUCCACCGAGUAAGGAUUAUUACCAGCUGCUGGUCACUAAUUCUAUGGUAAUCUGGAGGUGCUGGAGAAUUUCCCUUCGAAGUGAAUCUCGAAAUAUGCAUCCUAGUGAACAAAAGAAUACUUACCAAGACUUCUUGGAUGAUCUUAAUCUCCAAGUUCAUGUUUCUGUCAUUUUUGGCAAUGGCGUCCUCAAGUAUGUCUGCGGCCUGUGUCAGCAGCAGUUUGAUUAUCUCGAACGUCUUCCUAAAGACCUGCUUCUUAAUGUAAUUUUAUGUUUGGAGCUUGAGGACAUCGCUAGACUUUCCCAAACAUCCAAAGCGUUUAAAAAAAUAUGCAAUUCUGAUGAACUCUGGGAAAAUAUUGUUUUGAGAUAUUGUGAUACCAUAACCUCCGAGAUGCAAGCAUUGGCUUUUGAUGUUGGUUGGAAGGAGAUCUUCUUCACCAACAAACUUCAGCUGCAGAAAAAGAUCUACCGAAGACGGCAAAAAGUUGAGGAUAAUGCCACUGAUGUGCCAGAUCAAAGCCAUGCGUUGCAGAGUUAAAACUACAAACAAAGUUGGUGCAUACAUUAGGAAAUAGUUUGUUGCAUUGUCAUUUAUGUUUCCAUUUAAAUUGCUCAAAUAGUACACAGAGUGCCUUAAUGCUUCAUCCUAUGGACAAAAUUACUUAGUAAACCAUUCUGUAUUUAUUACAUAUUGUUGCUUUUUUUUGGAAAGUUUAAUAUGAGCCUAAUCCAUGAAAUGGCCAGCAGAAUGUAUACCACUUGCCAAUGUGGGUAAGAUGAAAGCAGAGAUGUCCUUCACUCAUUCCUGAAAUAAGAAUUCAUCCCUUUUCACGGAGACCUCGCUUGUAGCCUAGUUCAAAUUAUGUUUUACCCUGAGGAAAAUAAAAAGAAGUCCACAAUGAGACCAACCACAGAAAAAAACUUAAUAAAACUCUCUAAAACUUGAUCCCAUUAGUUCCCCCAUCCAACCCUCCACUGUCCUAAGAAUUUCUGCUCCAAAGUUGUGAUCAGCGCUCUUUUGCCCAGCCUCCAUCAAUUAUUUAUCACCUUUUUCCAUUCUCCAUCGGUCUGUCCAUUUUUCUAAUCUGUGGUUCUUUAGCCCCUAGAUCUCUAACAAAUUCAGUGCCAUGGUUUAUUGCCAAAUGCUGAUAUAUUUAUUUAAAUUCUUCCUCUGUCCCCACCUUACUAUAAACUCCGUCCAUCCAACAUUCAUCACCGCCACUGGUAAGGCCACCUUUCUGUAGGAGUUGUGCCUUGGGUUACUCAGCCAUGUCCAUUCAGACACAAUGUACCUACCCAGUGAGGUAUUGGAGAGUAACUGAUUUUUGGCACUCGGGUUCACGGCACUGAGCUACUGCAAAUAUUUCAUUUACAAAAUGUUAUUUUGAUUUUUCCAUUUGCUGUUGUAGUUCUCAAUAACAUGCACACAUCUAGUAUAUUGCGCAAUUUUAACUCCCUUUUAGUUUUGUAAAUCUGAAAUAGCUUUUUUUUCACCUAUUAUGCACUUGCUCUGACAUGGCAAUUGUGACUUUGUAGUGCAUAUUAGGAGAUUGGAGAUAUUUUUAUAUUUUAUUAAAUCCUAAUUGUACAUCCACUAUUCCAUCCAGUGAAACUAGAUGAAUGAUUUUAAGCAACUUCAGUUUGUGAGAUGUAAAUAGUUACUGCUUAAUAAACGUUCUGAUUUAUCUUAG